CCUGAGGACUGAGUUGACAACCGCCACUCACAACUCACAGACCCACUUGAGAGAGAGAGAGAGAGAGAGAGGGAGGGAAGGGGAGGGGGUGUUUCUUAGGUGUUUUUGGAGAUGGGGAGAAGCCCUUGUUGCGCGAAGGAGGGGUUGAACAGAGGUGCAUGGACUGCUGCAGAAGACCAAAUUCUGACUGACUACAUUAAGGUUUAUGGUGAAGGCAGAUGGAGAAAUCUUCCCAAGAAAGCAGGUCUAAAGAGAUGUGGAAAGAGUUGUAGGCUGCGCUGGUUGAAUUAUCUAAGGCCAGAUAUCAAGAGAGGGAACAUAUCCCAUGAUGAGGAAGAGCUUAUCAUUAGGCUUCACAAGCUCUUGGGGAACAGAUGGUCUCUAAUAGCUGGGAGGCUACCAGGGCGAACAGACAAUGAAAUAAAGAAUUACUGGAACACUAAUCUAGGCAAAAAGGUCCACAAUGACCACUACCGCUCCGCACCUUCAACUCGUAACAAGAACUCAAACCAGUCUGAUCAUGACAACAAGAACCCUAACAUGGUCUCACCACCACCACCACCCAAAACCAACAUGGAGUCCCACCCCAAGACUAAAUCUCAUGAUGUGGUCCGAGCCAAAGCAAUGAGAUGCUCCAAGAUCUUCAUUACCCCUCCACCACAACCUCCACACAAACCUGACCAAACCACCGUGGAACCACCACCGCCACCACCGCCAUUAUUAGCAGAGCUGUCAAGUCUCUGCAAUGGGUUGCUAUCAUCAUUCACUCCCGAAGAUGAUCAUCCGACGGACUUCAUGUUGGAUGUUAACAUGAUGAGGGAUGUUUGCUUGUCGGAUCUUCUGAAUUCCGACCUUGCGGCCGCAGCUGCAGGACUGUACUGCGGUGGCUUCAGUUACAGCAAUGACAACAACAGUACUAAUGAUUCUAAGGAUAUAUUGGAGGAUUGGACUGUCAACAAUGGCUUUCAACCUAAUGUGGGUUCGAACCACCAUGGUUUCUCUUCUAUUCUGGAGUCUGGAGGAGGGGAUUGGCAAUUUGUCUAGCCAAACACGGUCUUAUUUAGAUGAUUGACUUGGUAAUAUAUAUAGAUAUAUAAUCCUACGCAUAUGUUGAUAUUAACUUAAUGAUGAAACUCUAGCAGUAAUCUGAUUAGGAACCUUAAUUGUGGGCAGGCCAUGACUAAUGAGGAUACGAUAUAUUGAGAUGGUGGUAGGCAACUUAAAUAAGAGUCAAUCUUAUAUAGAGAAAAGUUAGGGAUUAUGAAAUUUUUUUUAUGAAAAUGAUCAUGAAAGAAUUAUGAUCUUUGGAUUAUCUUGAUUAGUGUGUGGUGUUUUAUUCUAAGUGUAAUCCAAGGGUCACAAAGCUUUCAUGAUUAUUUUCAUGAAAGAUUUUUCAUGAUACCUAGCAUUAUUGUCUUAUAUAUUAGCUUUUUACAUUUUACUUUUAGGUUGGGGAAUCUUUCCAAGAACAAUAAUAAUAAAAAUUCUGUAUGUAUGCCUGUCAUUUGUAGUAUAUUACAUUAAAGUUUACAGGUCAGUUUGUCGUCAA